UUCCAGAGUGGGAGGUACCGAAAAAGUUUGACAGCUUGUUUAGUUUGUGGUUUCGGCCGUUUGCGAAGGAGUUUUCAUGGUUUAUGGAAGGUACUCUGGAUUUAUUUCAUGCGUAGCUCUGACCUGCUGGACGCAAAGCCGAAGAAUCGCUACGAAACGCCGAUUUAGACUAGCGACCAGCCCGCAAAGCCGGAGAGUUGUCAACUCGUUGAUCUACUUUACUCAAUCACUCCAGAACUUCUGUCCGUAAAAUCGGGGCGGCGGACAGUGCACAACUGUACAUCGUUGUGGAAAUUACUUUUAAUGAGUCUGAGAUCGUGGGAGAGGUAUUCGACCUACAGAAGGCCGGGGCAUCCACGAUUUUUUUCCGUGCAUGUCUGUUUUUCAAGUCCCGAUGGACCAUCGGGGAUACCACGUCCGCCCACGCGGGUAGACUGCACUUGGCUGCCGUAGGCGUGUCGGUGAGCUGGCGGUGAAGUUCACGGCCAAACACGCGCCUGCUCCGCGGGAGGCCAGACCGGAGGUCCUGGUGUACAGACAGGGGCGAACGUUACACGGAAAGUAUCCAAAUCCCCUCAGGAUUCACCGGCCAAUUUUUUUUCGUUUUUCCGUAACCCGGCCGGGUCGCUGCGUUCCAGGUUCGGAGGUAAACUCAGGACAGAUGGGGUUUGAAGGAAGCUAGCUUCCGCCUGGCACGAGGAAGAAUUUAGCGGUGGUGCGUGCACGUACCCACACCCGCAUGGCUCGUACAACUGAAGGAAGAGGCGUAUAUAACUCAGCGAACUGUUUGUGAACGUCUGAGUGACACGGGAAAUGUCUGGAGAGAUCUCAAGUUGGUGCGGAAAUCACGCACGUCUGAGCCUCUGGGCGGGAAGACUGAACUAGACAUCGCAGGAAACCGGCGCUGUUGUCCCACACCCCAGCACUAACGGACAUAUCUAUAAGCUUCAUCUACAGAACUUGCCAACAUAGAAGCAGCUGACAGCUCAAGAUACGACGUCUACAGCAAGAGAAAGGUUCGAGAAAGUUGCUUUGGGAUUGAAGAGGGAGCCAUUCGGCUGUACACUACCGUAGGCUUAGCUGACAUUCGACCUUCAUUAGGCUUAUUUGUUUUGAGACCCCUUUUCCGAUUACCGAGCCGGCGGCGCCUACAGUAGUCUCUGGUUGCCGGUGUUUUUGUGUGCCGGUCCCCUGGUGGAACGAUCUUCAGGCCGAGGAAAAGACCCUGACGGCCUAACCCAUUAGAGACCACCGCCAACACGUGCCGUAAGAAAGGCGAGACACCACCUUGUAAAACGGUUUGUGGUAACGCCGUCACGCCCUGCUAUUGUUUUCGGUGUGAAAUUGUCUCGAUUUUUGUAGCGGAUGGAGAUUUGAUUUACUCUUGCUGUCGACAGCUGGUGUUGACUGUUUGUGCUGUAAUCAGCUCGUUAUUUACCACGACCCGGUCUCCACUCGGUACAUUACUGGCAUUUCUAUCCGGACAGGCAGUUGUCAAGGGACCAGCAUUCCUGCCAUUCCCGCUAAAUCAGCAGUGAAGUUUGUGGAAGAACGUCCUGGAUAUGUUACAGUAACUCGUAGCUGCUACUGUUACCGUAACGUGAAAGUCUAUCCCUGCAUUUCUGGCAGCUGAAGAGAUUGGAAGAAAAAAUCCACAGGCUGAAAGGAAGACACCGAAUAGAUAGAGGCAGCUCCAGGAUUUGUUACCAGGAUUAAUUAACUGUUUCCUCAGCCUUGGCGAUUAAUCAUUGUAUCCAGAGCUGACUGACAGAAGAGAGAGAUCUAGCAGUGGACAGACAAACAUCUAUAGCCUGUUCCUGCCAUCUUCUUUUGCUAAAGAGAGAGAGAGAGUUUACUACAAGUACAACAUGUCUUCCUCGUGGUUGUUGGUGUGUGUGUUGAUGGUGUGUCAGUUUCCUGGCUUCCAGCCUGAGCUGGCCAGUUUCUCUGAAAAACUUGUGGCCCAACAUGCGGAGGGAAGCUCUCCAGAGGAGCUGGAAGAACUGCUAGAGACUCCGUACUUCGAACUGUAUGGAAAGGGUAAGGAUGCGUACCUUGAUGAGGAAUGGGAGCGCUGUGUCUGGUACAUGGAGAAGGCAGUCAUGGUUCAUAAACACGUGGCCGCGCACAAGUUCCGCUGUCGCCAGCGCUGCUUCAACCAGACUGUGGAGCCCAGCUUUGAGGGACACUCGACUUUACAGAUGAUGCGUAAGUUCAUGAAGCGAGCGGCGUGUACCGACCGUUGUGAGCAGGCCAGUCUGGGGGGGAUGCGGUGGGAGGGGGUGAAUGAGAUCCAGCAGGAGAUGGACAGCAGGGUCCCCUAUGACUACAUGCAGCUCUGUUACUACAAGUUGGGAGACCUGCAGAAAGCGGCUGCCUCUGCCUACACCUUCCUGCAGAUGAACCUGAACCAUGACAUCAUGCGAGCCAACAUCGCCUUCUAUCGGCAGAUGGAGGAAGUGCAGCAGGAGUGGUUCAGGGACAGGGAGAAGAACCACUGGAAGGAGGCUCUUGAGGGGGCUGUCAAUUCAGUGCUUCAGGCUUUAAACGGUUCCUGGGACAUGGACCCCGAUGUCCCCAAUGUGAUCCGCGUGCAAAGUUCGCGCAGGUUCAUGGAUGGGAUGGACCACUACCUGAUGAACCAGUUUGAGGAUGCGCGGGACAGCCUGGAGGCUGCGCUGGAGCUGUGGUACCAGGAGUACGGGAAGUGCCGCUCCUCGUGUGAGCGCCCAAACAACAUGGACAUCAAGAGGAACGACCUGUGGAUGUCACUUACUGAUCGCUAUGUGGAACUUUUGCUGUGUCGGCGGAACUGCAUCGUCCGGAUGUCCCACAUAGAGGGACGAUUUGUGGAGCAGCUACUCGCCAACAUGUUCCACUAUCUGCAGUAUGUGUACUUCCAGUUGAAAGACUGGCCCAACGCGAUGCGUAACGCUGCCACGUACCUGAUCUUCUACCCCACGGACCCCAUGAUGACCCAGAACGUGGACUACUUCCUCUCCCUGUCCUGGGCCAGUGAGGACAUGCUGGAGGUGCGACCAGAGGCUGCAGCCGUGUACGAGGUGGUGGAGUUAGAGCGCAAACUGCUACAGGACAUCCAGAAAAACUUCGGGGAUGAGUACGUCAUUGAAGGCCUCCAUGGCAAUGCCUGGUACCAGGAUGAGCCCAAUGCCUCCCCACCCAGGCCUAAUGAAGAGGAGGAAGAGGAAGAAAAAGAUGAAGAAUAUGAAAAGGAGAUUCUUGAAGAUGGGGAGGAGGAAGCCCAGCCGCGUGUGACCAAAGAUGUGCGGUACGGUUACAACAUGCCGGGGGUGACGGUGGUGAAGGGACCGCGGGACCUGAAGGGUCCCAAACGCAUGGUCGCAGACGGGAUAGCAUCGGAGGAGGAGUGCAAGAUGUUAUCCCAUCUAGCCAAGGGAGGCACGGAGGGGAACGGAUACGAGGGCGACAAACACGUGCACACAGAGUUCGAGAGGUUCGACGGACUCACAGUGCUACAAGCCGCAGAGCUUGCGAAGAGAGGUCUGGUGUCUGUGGACCAUGCUGAGAUGUACCUGAACCUGAGUAACAAGGCACGGCGGUACGUACACGGGUACUUCCACAUGAAGCAUCAGCUGUUCUUCACCUACACACACCUGGUCUGUAGGACAGCCGAGCCUUACUCGACAGAUGACAGGACAGACCUGAGUCACCCCAUCCAUGCAGACAACUGCCAUCUUCUCCCCGAUGGGUCCUGUCCUAAAAAACUGCCGGCUUUCACCUGGAGAGACUGGAGUGCAAUCCUGUAUCUGAAUGAGGGGUUCAAGGGAGGAGAGUUCAUCUUUACACAUGCAAAUGAGUCUGUACAGUCAAGUGUAAAGCCUAAGUGUGGCAGGCUGGUGGGGUUCUCUGCUGGUGAGGAGAAUCUACAUGGCGUGAAGGCAGUGGUGAAGGGUAGGAGGUGUGCCCUGGCCAUGUGGUACACUCUAGAUGAACGUUACAACGAGGUGGAACACUACCAGGCCAGGAAAAUUCUACAGACCCUCAAAAAACACAGGACGAAGGCAAGCAAGGACAAACCAAAGGAAGAAUUAUAGCCAUUGGAACAUAGGAAAAUUAUAUUUGAAAAGUCCUACAUUCCAAUAUUGUUAUGGAUGUGUCACAAAGUUGUAUAUAUAUUGACCUAAUGCCUCUUUUUUUUUUAUAAAAAUAUGCAGCUGGUCCAGUACUAUUUCCUUUACUUGGAAAGAGUUUUUCUUUUAAAUUUUAUUUCCCAAACAUGCCUAGAUUCAGGUACAUGUAAAUGCAGUAUGGAUGGCUUGGGCCUAUAUUUUCCUACAUCAAUGUUAAUUUUAGGCAUAGAGAGAACAAAGAAAUAUACAAUCUUUCCUGCACUACCACAGUGACUAAUCUAUAUCUUGACUAUCAACCAUUUAACAGCAAUAUAUAUUAUAUUUCUAUAGGAAAUUUGUCUGUAAAUAAUACAAAGCUUUUAUUGUAUCAUAAAGUCAUCCCUGUAUAUGGUGAUUUUAUCUAUUAUAUAAUUCUAUUUGUAUAAGAAGUGACAUAUGCAGUACUGUUUAUCCUGUGUGUUGCAUUUGUAUAUGAAGCACUUUAUAAAGAAUUUUACAAAGAAGUGUUCCUUUUUUCUCCAUUAUAUAAUGAUUAUCAUAGUAUUUAAUGUAAUCAUGUUUUCAUGAGUACAGACCAGGUAGCCACAAAUUGACCUCGAAAGCAGCUUCUAUUGUGAUACAAAAUGUAUAAUUUUUUUCAGUCAGUAUACAGUUUCUCAACACUUUGCUGUGAC